CUCUGGUCCUGAAGGACUCGGCGUGGGGGGCGACCAUACCUGGUUGGAGUGACGCCAAUCCUGACUGUGGCACCACUAACGGCGUCACCUGCGACGGCAGCGGGAUGAUAACAAAACUUGAUGUCGCAUACAAUCCAAAUGUUUUUACAGGAAGCAUCCCUGCUAGCAUCUCUGCUCUGAAAAAACUGCAGAUCUUACGACUACCAUACUCCAAGCUCACAGGCUCCAUCCCUGAUGGGAUUACCCUUCUGACCGAUCUGACAUAUCUGAAUCUUAAUGGCAAUCAAUUGACUGGACCACUCCCUGAAGCAUUAGGCUCUCUUUCAAAUCUGAGGCAACUGUAUAUUUCCAAGAAUAAUUUCACUGGGCCUAUCCCCUCUACAAUCGGCGCACUUCAAUAUCUGGAUGGCCUAUAUAUGGAAGAGAAUCAGUUUAGCGGCCCGAUCCCGGACUCUAUUGGCGGGCUUCAAAGCGUGACCACAUUGGUCCUCUCUUAUAACAAGCUCUCUGGUUCAAUACCUGCGACAAUCACCAACCUUACAAGCCUUUACAACCUGCAUUUGGCUGACAAUCAGCUCAAUGGCUCCAUCCCUAUCGAAGUAUUUACGCACCCAAGAAUGUUGUUCAUAGACCUUGGAAGAAAUCAACUCAGUGGUUCGAUUCCCUCUCCACUUCCACCUGCGCGUUUAAAAGAUCUGUCGUUUGGUCAAAACCAGCUCACAGGCACAAUCCCUGCUAAGUUUGCUUUGCUUACAACAAUAAAUAGACU